CUCAGGAAGUUCGGGACCGCGCUCGCACGCCCUCCCCGGGGGGGGGGCGCGGGGUAAGAUGGCGGCCGGGAAGCUGCCGGCCCGGGUGUUGGAGCUGCUCUUCUCCUACCUGGAGCUGCCCGAGCUGCUGAGCUGCUCGUUGGUUUGCCGCCACUGGAACCGCUGCCUGGAGGCGGACGAGAACAGCGAGGUCUGGAGGAGCGUGUGCCAGCGGCUGCUGAGCGAAGAGGCGCUGAGCUCGGACAUCUUGUGUAACCUGAGCAGCUACAAGGCCAAGGCCCGGGCCCUGCGACACGCCUGGAGCUCGGCGGACUGCUCCCGCAACGUCUACAUCAAGCGCAACGGCUUCACCCUGCACCGCAACCCGAUCGCCCAGAGCACGGACGGUGCCCGCGCUCACAUCGGCUUCAGCGAGGGCCGCCACGCCUGGGAGAUCUGGUGGGAGGGACCCCUGGGCACCGUGGCUGUCAUCGGUGUGGCCACCCGCCGCGCCCCGCUCCAGUGUCAGGGCUACGUGGCCCUGCUGGGCAGCGACGACCAGAGCUGGGGCUGGAACCUGGUGGACAACAACCUGCUGCACAGCGGCGAGGCGGCCGGCAGCUUCCCGCAGUGUAACAACGCGCCCAAAUACCAGAUUGGGGAAAGGAUACGUGUCAUUCUAGAUAUGGAAGACAAGACUUUAGCAUUUGAACGAGGCUAUGAAUUCCUUGGCGUAGCUUUCCGAGGCUUGCCAAAAGCAUGUCUGUAUCCGGCGGUAUCAGCGGUUUAUGGUAACACUGAGGUGACUAUGGUGUAUCUGGGCAAACCACUUGAUGGUUGAUAGUGGGCAAACUGCAUGAGUUUACGUCUUAGAACCAAAGGAAGCUGCUCAAAGGGCCGUGGAUAGUCUUGUCAAUUCCCGGCAAUCAAAAGGAGCGAUGUGCAGUAGUCCAAGGGAGUGCAGUGAGGACUGCCAACCGGCAGAACCCAUAUGGCUGGAUCACCAUUGUAUAUAUGUCUAAAUAAUCUGUGCGUAUGUAGUGACGUUGGCUGUCUGUUUUACUGUAACAUGCUGUGUACAAUUUCACUAUAAUGAUGGGUGGGGGGUGGGAACAGAGUCAGGCUGUAACUCAAAUCAUUUUGCUAACUGGAGAUUUCACGUAAAAUUGUGUACCCUAGCUGCAUCUUGAAACACAUUUGAUUGUGAUCGAAUGCUGCACAGCUCAGGAUUUUAAAUUAUUUAUUACUGUGACACGGGCUGGACUCGCAAGGAGGUAUCUUCUGGGGAUGGGAGGGUGGGAAUUUGAAUGAAGUAGUGUGGAUAACGUCACGUGGAUUGUUGCAUGGCAGGUCUAUGCCAAAGGGUAGGUGUUGGUGGUGGAGACUGACAUGUAAACAUUUUAACAGUUGAUUCCUUAAAAGAAACAGGUUCCUUAAAACACUUUGCCACUUGACAGUAUCCUGAUUCUCAUGACCUUGAUCACAUUUUGUUGAUUCAAUUUCAGGCUGUGUUAUCAACAGUAAAGGAACUCUCUCUGCCCGCUUUACCACCAGUUCUUCAUUUACUUCUUUGUUCCUAUUUCAAGUUUUACAGAGCAAAGUGCAAAGUUGUAUCUAAUGGUACAAUCUGAGCCAUGCCUGUUUAGAAAAUGGUUUGCAAGGGGGUUGACUUAAUAUCCAGUUUCACUUCAAUCUCACCGAACCCAUCAAAAGCUGCAGCACAAACUGACAAGUUCUUUUGAACUGGAUGGUUUAUUCUCGGGGCUGUUGGACAGUGUUAGUGGUCAACGUUUCCGCUUUUUAAAAAAUGAGUUUGUUUUGUGAGCUCUGCGAAGAAAUGCACCCAGUUGACAAAUUCAGAUGCAUGUUGUAUGCUGAAGUGCACAUAAUUUUCGGCAGUUCCCUGAUGAAUGCACCAGCUAAAGAGUUAUUCAUGUUAUUUGUUUCUGUUUGAAUCUUGCUGGAGCGCUGGAAUAAAAUGCACAGGACUAUAGAGUCAUACAGCAUGGACUAGAAUCUAAUUCCACUUUGAAUUUGAAACAAAAACAGAAAUUGCUGGAAAAGCUCAGCAGGUUUGGCAGCAUCUGUGGAGAGAAAUCAGAGUUAACGUUUCGGGUCGAGUCACCCUUCCUCAGAAGGCCCCGAUCUUCAAACAGGAUUGCAAAGUGAUUUUAGGCAUUCUGGGGAAUGGUACUGGGUGCCAUUUUAUACACCUGAAAUUUCUCCGGAAAGCUUUCCAAACAUUCCUGGGGUCUUAAAAUGGAGAGAUGCCCUGGCUAUAUGGUGCAACCCCCUCUCAGGUUUCCUACAAAUUUCAUUUGAUUCUGGGGGUCCGUUUGUUGAUCCGGUUUCCAUACCAGUGGAGUUGGAGUAGUCUGUUUUAGAAAUACGCUACUCGGUAGAUGAGAGCAACCCCAGUGGUUAGGCCUGGAGCCUUCACCUUUCGCCCAGCUAUUGUACAAUGACAACUGGGCCUGAUUUUAAUUUGAAUUUCCAAUUAGAACAUGGGAGGGUAUUUAUUUGGAAAAGAAAGUAUCCAAAUGUGAAGUUGUGGAUUUACUGCGCACUUCUGUCUACUACAAGGCAGUCUUGAUGAAAUGUAUUGCUGCUAUAGAAUUGUAUUUCCGUUAUUUUUGUGUAUUUUUGUAACUUUGAUUAAUUUUUUGUGUUACGGACAUGAUGAACAUGGUAUUUUGCUAUUUACGAUUUUUAUUUGUGCAUAUGUCAUGGAUUUUAAUUUGUGAGCAAUUUUAAAUGACCUGAAUUUUUUUUUGUAACGUAAAGGAGUCAUUGUU